AUGAAGCUGGUGGUGGAAGUCCUGGAAGCGAGCGACCUGAUGCCCAAGGACGGGCACGGCUCUGCGAGCGCCUUUGUGGAGGUGAGCUUCGAGGGGCAGCGCCACCGUACCCAGACCAAAGGCCAGGACCUCAACCCCACCUGGAACGAGACCCUCGUCUUCAAUGUCGCCGACCCGGCGGCGCUGCCGGAGCGCACCAUCGAAGUCAUCGUCCACAAUGACCGCGGCAGCGGCGGCGGCCACCGCAACUUCCUCGGCCGCGUCCGCAUCACCGGCGCCGCCGUCGCCUCUUCUCCGGUUGACGCUGUGGUCUGCCGCUGCCCCCUCGACAAGCGGGGGAUCUUCUCCAACAUCCGCGGGGACAUCGCCCUCCGCGUCUACACCGUCCCCGACGCGUCCUCCCCUCCCGCUGCCGAAACCCCCGCGCCGGCCGCCGCCGGGGGUAACAAGGGUUCCGCCGAUGGAAACCUUAAGGGUGGCGGCGGCGACGGCCGCCGCGGGGGUGACGAGGAGAAACCCGGCAAGAAGAAUCAGAAGCCUGCGCCGGAGAAGAACUCCAAGGAGACCCAGUACUUCUACUCGGCCCCGGCGAACGUCGGAGGCCAGGGUUUCGAAAUCUACCACUCCAAGCACCCGGCGGCGGCGGUGGAGAAGAGAGGGAACUACGCCCGUGCGGAGCCAGUACCCGUGAUGCGUAUGCAGGUCCCCAAGCCGCUUCAGUCGGGGUUCGGCCUGGUGGAGACAUGGCCGUCGCUGGCGGCGCGGAUGGGGUACCGGGGGGACAAGAUCUCGAGCACCUACGACCUGGUGGAGCAGAUGCAGUACCUGUACGUGAAGGUGGUGAAGGCCAGGAAUCUCCCCGCCAUGGACGAUGGGGGUAGCGUCGACUCCCGCGUGGAGGUCAAGCUCGGGAACUACAAGGGCCUCACCAGGCACGUCGAGAAGAACCAGAACCCCGUCUGGGGGCAGGUGUUCGCCUUCUUCAAAGAGCGCCUGCAGAGCAACCUCCUGGAGGUGGCCGUCAAGGACAAGGACGACGCCAUCGUCGGGAGGGUGGUCUUCGACCUGGCGGAGGUGCCCCUCCGCGUUCCUCCGGACAGCCCACUGGCUCCGCAGUGGUACCGCCUCGAGGAUCGGAAGGGGGGAAGGCUGCUCCGAGGGGAGAUAAUGCUGGCGGUGUGGAUGGGCACGCAGGCCGACGAGGCCUUCCCUGAGGCCUGGCACUCCGACGCCCACUCCGUCAACCUGGAGGGGCUCGCCCACACCCGCUCCAAGGUCUACUUCUCCCCUCGGCUCUGCUACCUGCGGGUGCACGUCAUCGAGGCCCAGGAUCUCGUCCCCGCGGGCGGCGGCGGCAGAGCGCCGGACGCCUACGUGAAGAUACAACUCGGGAACCAGCUCCGGCGGACGCGGCCGUCGCAGGCGCGAUCCGUCAACUCGAUGUGGAACGAGGAGCUGCUGUUCGUGGCCGCGGAGCCCUACGACGAGCCGCUCGUCGUCACCGUCGAGGACCGCGUCGGGCCCAACAAGGACGAGCCCCUCGGGCGACUCAUCCUGCCGAUGGAGGACUCCCAGAAGCGGCUAGACAACAAGAAGCUCCCCGUCGCGCGGUGGUUCAACCUGGAGAGGCCCCCCGCGGCGGCGGCGGAGGAGGACGGGGAGAAGAAGAAGCCGGCCAAGUUCUCCAGCAAGAUCUACCUCCGCGUGAGCCUCGACGCCGGCUACCACGUCCUCGACGAGUCCGCCCACUACAGCAGCGACCUCCUCCCCACCGCGAAGAGCCUCUGGAAACCGAGCAUUGGCGUCCUGGAGCUGGGGAUCAUCGGCGCCCGCAAUCUGGUGCCGAUGAAGGCGCAGAGCGGCCACACAACCGACGCCUACUGCGUCGCCAAAUUUGGCCCCAAGUGGGUCCGCACCAGGACGGUGCUCGACACCGUCUCCCCCCGGUGGAACGAGCAGUACACCUGGGAGGUCUACGACCCCUGCACCGUCAUCACCGUCGGCGUCUUCGACAACGGCAACGUCGCCGGCGGCAAGGGCGACGGCGGCGGCAGGGACCAGAGGAUCGGGAAGGUCAGGAUCCGGCUGUCCACGCUGGAGACCGACCGCCUCUACACCCACUUCUACCCGCUGCUGGUCCUCCAGCCGUCGGGAUUGAAGAAGACCGGCGAGCUCCACCUGGCUGUGCGGUUCACCUGCACGGGGUGGGUGAACAUGAUGACUCUCUACGGCAUGCCGCUGCUGCCGAAGAUGCACUACGUGCAGCCCAUCUCCGUCGUCCACCUCGACUACCUCCGCCACCAGGCGGUACAGAUUGUGGGAGCCCGCCUGGCCCGGGCGGAGCCUCCCCUGCGCCGCGAGGUUGUGGAGUAUAUGCUCGACGUGGACUCCCACAUGUGGAGCCUCCGGCGGAGCAAGGCCAACUUCUACCGCAUCACCUCGCUCUUCUCGGGCCUGGUGGCCGUCGGCAAGUGGUUCGACGUCAUCUGCGAGUGGAGGAACCCCAUCACCACCAUCCUCGUCCAUGCGCUCUUCUUCAUCCUGGUCCGGUACCCGGAGCUCAUCCUGCCCACCAUCUUCCUGUACCUGUUCAUGAUCGGCCUGUCGAACUUCCGGCUCCGCUCGAGGAACCCUCCCCACAUGGACGCCAAGCUCUCGCAGGCGGAGUGGGCGCCACCCGACGAGCUGGACGAGGAGUUCGACACGUUCCCCACUUCGAGGUCCAAUGAGCUCGUCCGGAUGCGGUACGACCGGCUGAGGAGCGUGGCCGGCAGGUUGCAGACGGUGGUGGGGGACCUGGCGACGCAGGGGGAGCGAGCACAGGCCCUGCUCAGCUGGAGGGAUCCCCGCGCCACCGCCAUCGCCAUUGUCUUGGCCGUGCUGCUCGCCCUGUUCCUCUACGUUACGCCGUUCCAGGUGGUGGCCCUGCUGGCGGGGGCGUACUUCCUGCGCCACCCAAGGUUCAGGACCAAGAUGCCGUCCGUCGUCUUCAAUUUCUACAAGCGGCUCCCGGCCAAGUCCGACGUGCUCCUCUGA